AUGGCUAGCUCCUCGACCGUAAUGGAUUUAAUCUCCACCGUCCAUGACGACAUCAUAGAGUCUCACAUCUUGACACGUCUCGACAGUCCAACCUUAGCCUCCGUCUCUUGCGCCUCCUCACACCUUCACGACCUCGCUUCCAACGAGAAACUCUGGUCCAAAAUCUGCUGCUCCACGUGGCCUUCCGUGAGCCGCACAAUCAUCUCCGAUGGUUCUCGUUCUUUUUUCUCCGACGUUUAUUCUGUAUUCGACGACACCGCCGGUUCAGUUUCUGAUCUCGACCGUCCGUUCCCGGAAUUGAUCUCCGCCGUUGAUCUUCACUACAGAGGGAAACUGGUUUUAAGUAGAGUCGUGAAGAGAGAGACUACAACGUCGUGGUUCCGGAGCUCGCCUCUGAGGAUCGAUCUUGUGGAUCACAAGGACACGGUGGCGACUCCGAUCAAGCGAGGACGGCGGACGGAAGAUACGUGUCGUGAUCUUGAAAAGGAUUUGACUUUGAGCUGGAUCGUGAUGGAUCCGACCGGAAAACGGGCGGCGAAUCUGUCGAGUCACCGGCCGGUAUCGGUGCAACGGAACUGGCUAAGCGGAGAAGUCGAGGCAAAAUUCGCGACGGUUGUGGGGUCGACGUCGCCGGAAGAGACGGUGGAGUGUGUGAUCACGGUGGUCACGUGUGGAGAGGAGGAGAUGCACGUGAAGGAAGUGAGUCUUAAGGUGGAGAAGAUGGAGGGAACGCAUUUGAACGGGAAGGACAGUUUGGUCAUUUUGAGAAAAGUCAUGGAGGGUAAAAGAGGAAAUGGAAGAAGGAGAGAGAAGGAAUCAAAGAGAAAACACCAAGAGUUUAUGGAGAAGAAGAGAGAAAUGAAAGAGAAGAAGAUGAAGGUAGAAUUGAUAUUUGACAUUUUAACUGUCGUAUUUGGGAUUUUAGGGUUUGGGUCUCUUGUUGGGGUUUGUCUUUGA